AUGCUCAGCGAUCCAGAAAUCGAACGGGCCGCGGCCCAACUCGCCGAAUACCGGAGGAGCGAUGCCCUUUCUCGGCUGCUGGACCAGUACGCGGUUUUGAUUGAGGAUUACAAGAGGCUCAAAAGCGAUUACGAGGAAGAGCGCGAGGCAAGAGAGAAAUACAAGAAAAUGGCCAAGGACCAGGAGCGAAACCCGUUUGUGCUCGUCUUGAUCGAUGGCGAUGGCUACGUCUUCAACGACUCGUUGCUCGCCAAACGUUCCGAGGGUGGAAGCAUCGCUGCGCAAAAGCUCAACGACGAGGUCAAGGCCAGUAUGCGCCGCAAGGGUCUGGAGCACUGCCAGGUCAUGGUGCGAAUCUACGCCAAUGUCUUCGGCUUGUCAAAAGCUCUAUCCAGGACGGGCGUGGUCGGAGCCGAGAGCCGGUCGCUGGCCCCAUUUAUUGCCAGCUUUAACCGCUCCUGCGGCUUGACCGAGUUCGUCGAUGCCGGCCAGCUAAAGGAGAACGCAGACUUCAAGUUGCGGGCGCUCCUACGUCUUUAUGCCGAGAACAGCCAGUGCAAGCACAUAUACUUUGGCGCUUGCCACGACGUCGGCUACAUUUCCGAGCUUACACCUUUUAUGGGAAAUAGCUCCAAGUUCACUCUGAUUAAUACCCCUGGUGUCCGGUUCCAUGAUGAGUUCACCAAGCUGGGUAUGGGUAUUGAAGAGUUCCGCACCGUCUUCAGACAUGCUCCCUUCGACGGCGCCAACCAGUAUCAUCCCAUUGACGCCAGCGGCUCCAAGCCCAAUACCGGGCCAGUGCAGCUGGCCUCGCCCAUCAAACAGUCGUCGAGCUCAGCCGGCAAGCCCGGUGAGGAGCACAAGACGUCCUGCUUGUUCUACGCAAUCGGGAAGUGCCGUUAUGGCAAGUCUUGCAAGAUGCUGCACGUCAAUUCCCCGACUGAUGCCAAAGGCACGCAGCAGUACGCAGACCCACCUGCCCCCUCCGGCGUGCCAGCCACUGGCAAUGGGUCCCUAGAAGUGUCCCAUCUGCUGGCCAAUCUCCCAAGGAAAGACGAGAUGCCGCAGGGCUACGUCGCGGUAAACGAAAACAAUUACCGCCUUGACCCGUACCUGGCCCCCGUCAGCGCCAGUGUCAUGGGCCGCCUCAAGGCCCGCGUCGACAAACGGCGGGUCUGCAACAGCUUCCAGCUUCAAGGAAUCUGCGACGCCGGCGAUCGAUGUGAAUACGAUCACGAGCCCCUAGAUGCCGAAUUCCUACCGGCCUUGGAGGCGCUCGCUCGAACCCAGCCAUGCCCACGGCGCGGCGCAUGCAGACUGGUGGAGUGCACCCACGGGCACAUCUGCCAAAAUAUGGACUGCAAGCAUCGCGGCGGCAAGGCGUACUGCAAGCUGCCGUAUCUUUCCCAUCUCGAGGACCUUCGCGACGUUCGCUACUCACACGGCGUCCCCAAGCAGCGUAAG